UUUGCCUCCUUAGCAAUGUAACUUGACUGCGCACAAAUCAGUCUUGAGAUUAAACUUUGCUAAAAAACAAUCUGAAUAUACUGAAUAAAAGAGACUCCUUCUGCUGUUUAGGAAGUUACUGUUUGCAACAAUCAUGUCUAUAAGCAAAGAACAGGGAAUAGUUCAGACUAGGCGACAAAUGAGUGAAGAUCUUGAUAUUGACAACUUACUCGCCAAUCUGUCACCUGAGGAGGUAGAGGAACUGGAGAAUGAGCUCACAAUGAUCGAUCCUGACCCAAAUGUUCCAGUUGGUCUCAGGCAACGGAACCAGACAGAAAAAGAACCAUCAACGUUCUACAACAGGGAAGCCUUGCUGGACUUUUGUGAGCAUGAGACCAAGAAACUCAUUGAGAGAGAAUUGUCUUCCAAGGAAGAGGCUAAGAACACAGGACAGAACCAAGACAGAAGCUUCUGCAUAUCCGACAGCCAGGACGGUCCAGGCUUUAGUGGCUUGACAGAAGUUGCACUGGAAGACCACAGUCAAUCCAGGCAGAAGAUAGAGCACAUGAACCAGUGGGGGCCAAAGGAUUCCAGUGACAGCUGCCUAAGCUCAUUGAGUAACUUAAGGAGAGUGCAGAGCAGUGGCAAGUUGAAAACUGGGGUGGGGGUUGAAACAGUGGGAAAAGAGGAGGGCAAGACACAUGAGAAAAGACUUCAGAGCAAAACGAAAGUCUCCCAACAGCAGGAUCAAAAUGUGCAUGAAGGCAACAAGGAAAGGGAUAAGAAAAAAGCAAUUUGUAGAAUGAAUGAGGCGUCCCAACUACAAGACGCACCUGACCAACCAAAAAACAGGAGAGUCAGUGAGAAAAACAUGGCAAGACAAGAUGUGGAACAAACCAUCUUGCAGAAGGAUGACAAACUAAAUGAAAAACAAAAUAGGAGGAAGGAGAAAUCAGCUGACGAAUCUCAAACAUCUACUGUACAUGAAGAGGUUAGCAGUACAGAAGUGAAGACUGAGAAGCAAAAAGAGGAAGAAGAAAGAGAAGAAGAAGAAAGCAGCAAGCUUGACGAGCUCUUAGAGAAGGUGCACAAAAAUGUUCCAGAGUUGACUGAACUUAACGUCAACAACUCGGGAGUCAUCAAGCCAAAAAUGCUCAUACAGUUUGCUGAAGCUUUGCGACAUAAUACUCACAUCAAAACCUUAGCGUUUGCAAACACUCGAGCAGAUGACCAUGUAGCCUGUGCUCUUGCCAACACUCUAUGCAGCAACAAGACCCUGACCAGUAUCAAUCUGGACUCAAACCAUCUCACAGGCAAGGGCAUCAUUGCACUAAUCAGUGCCUUGCAACACAAUAUCACCCUCACAGAGCUGCGUUUCCAUAACCAGCGGCACAUCUGUGGAGGUAAGACUGAAAUGGAAAUGGCUGGAGUGCUGAGGGAAAACACCACACUGCUUAAGUUGGGCUAUCACUUUCAACUGCCAGGACCUCGAAUGGCUGUAACCAGCAUCCUUAGUACAAACAUGGACCGUCAACGGCAGCAGCGCCUGAGAGACCAGAAGCAGGCCCAGUGCGAUGCUCAGAACAAGGGACUGGUUGAGAAGUCGGAAGCGACAGAAGGCCUUCAGAAAGCUUGCCCCAAAGACUCAUCCAAAUCUCUGCAGUUGUCACCUUCUUCCUCACCGAAAAAAACUCCCAGGAAGAAAGACCGAAGCAAAAGUGACACAAAAACUGAACCUACAAUAUAUCAGACACAGCCCCCGCCUGCCCCUGUACUGGACGGUAAACUUCUGAGGAAGUUUCUGAGGCCCAGCUCAGAGAGGAAGCUGGACAAUCAAAGUGGCGACCAAGGCGUUGAGAGGAAUCCAAGGGACCAGUUACUGGCCUCAAUUCGCAGCAGCAAUUUGUAUAAACUCAAAAAGGUUUCAGAUGCCAAACCAGCUGGGGUAGAUGACAGUGGGAAAGGGAAGAAAUAGAAGACAAAAGAAAAUAUGUUUGAGCACCGUGAUCCACCAGUUACGGGGGAGACUGGCCGGUGUGGAUGUGGUAUAUGUUAGGG